AUGGUCUCUGGGAAAUGUAUGCUGGAGGACGUGUUUGCGGGGCAUCCUGGAACUGUAGAGUGGCGGAGACGCCCAGUCUGCCUGCUCGAAGUCAAGGAUGCAGAUGGGUACAGGGCUGCUCUUAGGGUGCUAACUGUCCAAGGGUGGCUGGGAGCGUUCCUACCUCGGAAGACGCCACCCCAGCGCCUGUUAGCGGAGAGACCGCGUUGCCCAGGCCAGCGCCAGAGCCCGUGGUGGUGCAGGGACGCGCAGCGUCGGGCGGAGCGUGGCGGCGUAUGGGCGCUCGGGCUCCUUUUUCCCGCCAUGGCCGAUUGCUGUAUGGAUUCCUCAAGUGGAAUUAAACCAAGCUUCAAAGGAUCAGUGACAUACAGAGAUGUAGCCAUAGACUUCUCCCAGGAGGAGUGGAAAUGGCUGCAGCCUGCUCAGAGAGAUUUGUAUAAAUGUGUAAUGUUAGAGAACUAUGGUCAUCUGGUUUCACUGGGUCUUUCCAUUUCUAAGCCAGAUGUUGUUUCCUUGUUGGAACAAGGCAAAGAGCCCUGGCUGGGGAAAGGAGAAAUGAACAGAGAUCUUUUUUCAGUGUUAGAAUCAAAUGGUGAGAUCAGUGGCUUUUCUCCAAAAAAUGUCACUUACGAAGAUGAUCCAUUCCAGUGUUUGAUAAGGGAAAGAAUUGUAAGCCAACACUCCGUAAGUUCCAACUUGAAAAGAAACUGGCAAAUUGAGGAUGGCACUGAGGUGCUGCCAGGGAAACAAGAUUGUGUCAUGCAAGUUGUGCCAGGCAAGUCUCAGCAAGAAGUUUUGACUCAGCAUACAAGUAUGACUGCAGUAGAGAGGCCCUAUGGAUGCCAAGAAUGUGGAAAAAUGUUCAGUCGGCGCUUUUCCCUUGUAUUACACCAGAGAACUCAUACUGGAGAGAAGCCAUAUAUAUGUAAGGAUUGUGGCAAAACCUUUAGCCAGAUUUCAAACCUUGUGAAACAUCAAAUGAUACAUACUAGUAAGAAACCUCAUGAGUGUAAAGACUGUAAUAAAACAUUCAGCUACCUUUCCUUCCUUAUUGAACACCAGAGAACACACACUGGGGAAAAGCCUUACAGAUGUACAGAGUGUGGAAAGGCCUUUAGCCGUGCCUCUAACCUUACCCGACAUCAGAGAAUUCAUACAGGAAAGAAACAGUACAUCUGUAGGAAAUGUAGAAAAGCCUUUAUUAGUGGUUCAGAACUCAUUCACCACCAGGUGACACAUACUAGGGAGAAACCUUAUGAAUGCACUGAGUGUGGGAAAGCAUUUCGCCGUUCUUCAUACCUUAUUCGACAUAAGAGCGUCCAUACAACCAAAAUCUCAUAUGAGUGUCAAGAAUGCAGGAAGGCUUUCCGUUGCCACUCCUUCCUUAUUAAACAUCAGAGAAUUCAUGCUGGAGAAAAGCUCUAUGAAUGUGAUGAAUGUGGGAAAGUGUUCACUUGGCAUGCAUCCCUUAUACAACACAUGAAAAUUCAUUCUGGCGAGAAACCCUAUGAAUGUGCUGGAUGCGACAAAGCUUUCAGUAGGAGCUUUUCCCUCAUUUUACAUAAGAUAACUCAUUCUGGAGAAAAGCCUUAUGUAUGUAGUAGCUGGAGCUCAAACCUUGCUAAGCAUCAGAGAACACAUACCUUAGAGAACCCCUAUGAAUAUGAAUAUGAAAAUUCAUUUAGUUACCACUCAUUUUUUAUUGAACAGCAGUGAAACACACUCUAAAAACCUAAGUGUUUGGGUUAGUUAAACACAGAGGCUGAGGAUAUAGCUCAAUGGCAUAAGCACCUGCCUGGCAAAUGCAUGGUCAUGAGUGAUUUCUGGCACCAAAAAACCAAAAAUAUAAACAAUGCUUUACUUUCACUUCAGACUCUUGGAAAAAGUGUUACAUAAAUGUGUUGAAUGUGAGGAAAUGUGGCCUGUAUUUUACUACUCCUGGAAAAAUCCCCAGUAAUACAUGAGGCAACUUAGUAGCUGUUCAUUCUUUUGCAACGUAAGACAAAAUCAGUAUUAAGAUUUUUCAUCUGAUAAUAUCCAUUCUGUAUUUCCUUCCAAGAAAAAGUACAUAUCAAACAAGCCUUAGGAAGCUUUUAUAGAUUAGCCCUCACUCUACAUCUAUCAGCUCAAGCAGGACAGAAUUACAUGGUAAGGAAAAACAUAAAAAGUGUACUCUGGUUAUUGGAAAAUUAAUAAAAUGAUACAGUGAGAAAGUCUUGUCAUGUAAUAUUUUAAAUACUUUUGAAGGAGAGAAAGCACUAGGUGUAGGGUAACUUCAUGCAGAAUGUCAAAUUUACAUGGGAGAAGUAUACUGAGAACUCAUUGUGAUGCAUGUAACAAAAAUCAGAUCGAUGGACAGAAUUGAUGUAGGAAAUGGUCUUUUUGUUGGGGGAGGGGAAUUAAAAGUGAAUUCUGAAAAGGCAGUUAUGAAUAAAUCUUUUGGGUUGUACUAAUCUUGUACUUGCUAAUUUCUUCCACAGCAGGUGUCAUGUUGGAAAUUUAACUACCACAAUUUUGACAUCAACAAUGAAUACUACUUUGCUUUUUUCAUGUAAAGAUACCCACAUAGAAAUACUUUUGGGUGUCAUGUGGUUUUUUUGGUUUUUUUCUUUUUUUGCUACCAGGGAUCAAACUCAUGAGCUAGUGCCUGUCAGGCAGGUGCUUACAUCCCCAGCCCUUCAUCAUGUGAUUUUGACAGGAGGAUUUGGAUUUAAAGUUACCCUAACCCAUGGACAUGUUUGAACCUGACUAUACAGACUGUCUAAAAUAAAUGUAAGCUAUACCACAGGAAAA